CACACACACACACACACACACACACUCUCUCUCAGGGAGCUGCUGAGGUGGAGCUCAGUGUUUUUCUGCAGCUGAAAAAGUUCCUGCACUUUGAGGAGUUUUCGGUCGGACUAAGGACAGAGUCGUCAUGGUGACCACUGAGACCCACCAGAGCCAGGACCUCCUGGUCCCCCAACAGAACCAGGACCAGCAGGACCAGUUUGUCCAGCAGGACCUGCAGGAGGAGGACCAGGUCUCCCCCUCGUCCCCCCUGGCGGGGUUCGACCCCGAGUCGAUGGGUCAGGGUCCCGUCAACGCCAUCACCGUCCUCACACUGCUGGACAAACUGGUCAACAUGCUGGACGCCGUGCAGGAGAACCAGAACAAGAUGGAGGUGCACCAGGUGGAGAUGGAGGGCGUGGUCAGAGGGAUCCAGGCUGACAUGACCAAACUGUCCAAAAGCCACAGCCACACCUCCAACACCGUCAGCAAGCUGCUGGACAAGAGCCGCAAACUGUCCGUCACCAUGAAGGAGGUGCGUGACAGGAUGGAGCGUCAGGGUGUCCAGGUGAAGAAGCUGGAGGCAAACCAUGCCCAUCUGAUCAGCAGGAACAACUUCAAAGUUCUCAUCUUCCAGGAGGAGAAUGAGAUCCCCUCCACUGUUUUCGUGAAGGAUCCUCCUCCGUUCCCUCGUGAUGAGAUUUUGGAAGAACGUGAUGAAUCGGCAGCAGGCGUCGAUGGCAACCAAUCCCAGGAGGGCGGGCUCCAUACCAUUGACCUAUCAUCUGAUGAGGACGUUGGGUUGGAGGCGGAGUUAGAGGAUGAGGAGAUGUGGCCUCACGAUCUGGAGAACAUGGAGAAGUCCAGAGCCGAGAAACUGAAACGUUCCAGUCUGAAGAAGGUUGACAGUCUGAAGAAGGCGUUCUCCAGGCAGAACAUUGAGAAGAAGAUGACGAAGAUCGGAACAAAGAUUGUUUCUCAGGAACAACGAGAGAAGAUCAAACAGAGAACCUCCAGUCUGAAGGUUUCACCUCUGACCUUCAGCAUCAGGAAGCCUCGCAGCAGCUCCGACUCACAGCCCCCCGAGGCUUCCCCUCAGGCGGGGGAGUCUGUCUUCACAGAGGCUGAUGUCAAGCUCUCCCCGCUGGACAGCACCAACCAGGAGGUCCCCUUCACCGAGGUCCAUGCCCAGCUGGCUCCAGCUGAGCAUGAGGAGAAAGAGGAAGAGGAGGUGAAAGAGGAGGAGGUGAAAGAAGAAGAGGAGGAGGUGAAAGAGGAAGAGGAGAUGGGAGGCGAGGAGGUGUUAGGUGUGGAGGCGGAUCUGUCGGUGGUUUCGGAGGGAGUCAGUCAGGAGUACACUUUGUCUGCCACCCUGCCUCAGGAGGAGAAAGAGGAGGAGUCCUAAACACUCGGAUCUUUAAAGGAACAGUUUGGCCUUUAUAUAAAAGUGGAACUGUUCCUUUAAAUUUCAGAGCCGUUUAAGUAUUUCUGUUAUUGAUAAAGUUCCACACACACACGUUCCUUCCACAUAUCUAAUCAUCUGUGCUGAUAUUUCAUGUCUCUAUAUGCGAACCUUAGAACCUCGGUUCUCCAACAUUUGAACUUUUCAGGAACUAAAAAGCAAAAACAUGCUUUCUGUUUUGUAAAGUUUCGAAUGAAGUCGGAGAAUUUAAACGUUCAUUUCUUCAACUGAUCUGAAAACCUGAAAAAUGAGAACACUUAAAUUUGGAGCUCCGCGGUUCUUUAGUUGUAGUUUUUUUUUUUUUCUCUUUUCGUUUUU